AUGUCAAAUGUUAGAGUUGUAGCAAGUCUACCAUUUCUAGCGUCCUCGAUUAAUGGGAUCAACUCGAUAAACAACCCUUUUGACAGUGGUCCGGUUUUCAUGUUUUCCAUGGGCAACCUACAAAUUGUGUAUAUGAAUGAUCCUGAAGUAGUGAAGGAAAUAAGCACAUGCACAUCUCCGGACUUUGGAAAGCCAUCCUAUCAACGAAAUGUAAUGGGAACUCUCUUAGGCGAAGGCAUUCUCGAUUCUAAUGGUGCAAUCUGGGCCUAUCAAAGAAAGAUCAUAGCUCCUCAACUGUUCAUGGACAAGGUCAAGGUACCAUUAUACUUUUACAUGAAAAUCUAUUAG